CUCCACCACCUCACAACCUCUUUACAAUGUCAAAGCAAUUUCAAUUCAAGCUCGUUCUUUUGGGUGAAUCUGCUGUGGGCAAGUCGAGUCUGGUACUCCGUUUCGUAAAGGAUCAGUUCGACGAUUAUAGAGAGAGUACAAUUGGCGCCGCCUUUCUAACACAGACAGUAACACUCGAUGAUCAGUCCACAGUCAAGUUUGAGAUCUGGGAUACCGCGGGUCAAGAACGUUACAAGUCCCUCGCCCCAAUGUACUACCGAAACGCCAAUUGCGCCGUAGUCGUUUAUGACAUCACCCAGUCCGCAUCGUUAGAGAAAGCCAGGACAUGGAUCCGAGAACUCCAACGCCAGGCUGAUCCUUCCAUAGUCAUCGCUCUCUGUGGCAACAAACUCGAUCUUGCCGCCCGACGCCAGGUUUCACAGGAAGAGGCUCAGAAGUAUGCCGAGGAAGAGGGUUUGAUGUGGGCAGAGACGAGUGCAAAGACAGGGGAGGGCGUUCAGGAAAUCUUCACUGCAAUCGCCAAGAAGCUACCGUUAACGGCACCACCCUCCGCAAGAGCCGGUGGGGCAGCGCGUACACCCCGAACAGGCGUCGACCUCAACAAGCAGCAGGCGGGCGAAGGCCAGCAAGAACCUUGCAACUGUUGAUCGUUUCCAUCUUCCAGUAGCCCCUUUGCUUUCUUGAUCUCUCGCCGUCCAUAUGCUACCCCCGCUAUUCGUCUCUUUCACCCACUGCGUCUUUCACUUGUUUUGAUUGUAUCGUAUCGUACUAUUUCAUUGUUAUUCCGUUUCGUGAUGUGGCCCUUUUGGACUCUCUUUUAGUUCAGACCUUCCUUUCCCCUCUCCACCAAGGUCUUAUCGACCUGACAACAGUUUGGUAGCAAUAUUUAUUAAUGCAAUGACUACAGACAGUGAUUGAAACGAUUCCAUGUUUAACG